UGAAGUUAUACGUGUGUACGUAUCUGUCACAGAGUACGGUCGAGCACGGCAGCUUUCACGUUCUACGAGUAUAUACUCGAGACUUUCGGGUGAUUUCGCGAAGGCUUGUCGAGGUCCCGUCCCGGUCGCGACGAAGGAGCGGUCCGGGUCGCGCGAGGAUACGCGCCGACGAAUUCUCGUGCGUGACACAGGCAUGAGGUCCAGCCGCAGUAAUGAGAACUGAUGGUCGUCAUCGUCGCCGCCGCCGCCGCCGUCCUGCACUCGCGUCGAUCCGUCUCUCUGGCGCCUCGGUGUUGUCGCGGUGGUGUCCCUGAGGACGAUGCCCCGCGUCGCGGAGCGAGAUUGUUAAUGCGCGGCGUUUCUCCAUAGAUUCUCGGCACGCGUUCUUUGAUUUAUGGAUUCCGUGAAGAGAAACGGGGACUCUGUAUAAGGAAAGAGAGAGAAAUAAAAAGAAAGAGAGAGAGGAGAAAUCUUGACGACGUACGUGCGUUGUCAUUCAUCGUCUUGGAAAUCACGCAAGAAACAGGAUACCUAAUCUUGGGAUAUUGGAUACUCGCUGAUAAAGUUUCUAUUAAAAGACGCAGAGAUGGAAAGUUCCGAGGAACCGACCAGUCUGCAGUCCAUAUGCCAUCUGCAUGCUUCGGAACUGUUCCCCAAGCAUACGCAUUUCGAGUGCGAGGAUGAAACCCUGACGAUUCCAUUCACGCCGUUGAGCGGGGAAUCAGUCGUGGCUCUGGGACGAACGACGGACGGUGUUUUGGCCCUUUCGAAUUAUAGACUUUAUUUGCAAUUAAGCCAAACGUGUUACAAUAUACCUCUGGGUCUCAUUGAGCAAUUAGAAGUCAAAGAGAUUUUCUAUCUGCACAUUGGAUGCAAAGACGCACGUUCUUUAAGUUGUGCAUUUACCACGAACGAACAUUGUUUAGAGUGGUUUAAACGAUUACACAAAGUGACCUAUCCGCGAAAAAGUAUAGAAGAUAUAUUCGCGUUUGCUUACUAUGCGUGGUCUAUAGAAGAGGGCAAAGAUUAUCCUAGGCUUGGAAAAGAUAAUAGUUCUUAUAUUACUACUUUUAAUUCGGAGGUCGAGCGAUUAAAGUUCAAUUUACACGGUACAUGGCGUAUAAGUCAAAUAAAUAAGGAUUACCGGAUGUGUCCAUCCUAUCCACCGCAGCUCUUGGUACCUGCUUGCAUCUCCGAUGAAACCCUAGAAUUUGUUGCCAAAUUUAGAAGUUCCAGACGUAUUCCAGCUAUUGUAUGGAGGCAUGUGAAUAACGGUGCCGUGAUAGCUCGCAGCAGCCAACCGGAAGUUGGUUGGCUCGGCUGGAGAAGUUCCGAGGAUGAGGAUCUUCUGAAGGCUCUCGCGGACGCGUGUAGCUACGAUAAGGGCGAAUCUACGAUGGUAGACUCGCCUAUUACAUACUCCGAUGCCGGUGACGAUACUAUAACACCGAGCGCUCCCAAGAAAGUUCUAAUCGUCGAUGCGAGAUCGUAUACAACAGCUGUAGCGAAUCGGGCACGCGGUGGUGGCUGCGAAUGUCCAGAAUAUUACCCGAGUUGUGAUAUACAAUUUAUGAAUUUGCCGAAUAUCCACUCGAUACGGAAAAGCUUCCACGCUGUGCGACAGCUUUGCGCGUCGGACGCGGAUCAACCAAAUUGGUUAAGUUUGCUGGAAGGUACGCGAUGGCUGCAACAUAUGUCGGGUUUACUGCGGGCGGCUGUUACUGUGGCUUCGGCGAUUGAGAGGGAUGGUCGACCAGUAUUAGUGCACUGUAGUGAUGGUUGGGAUAGAACGCCCCAAAUUGUCGCAUUGGCGCAGAUAUUACUUGAUCCAUACUAUCGCACUAUGGAGGGAUUCCAAGUUUUGAUUGAGAGAGAAUGGUUAGACUUUGGACACAAGUUCGCGGAUCGAUGUGGUCAAACGAUCGGUUGCGACGAUCCCAACGAACGUUGUCCGGUAUUUCUUCAGUGGCUCGACUGCGUUCACCAGUUGAUUCUACAGUUUCAAUGUAGCUUUCAAAUGUCGUCGGCGUAUCUUGUGAAAUUAGCCCAGCAUACAUAUUCACAAUUAUUUGGUACAUUCCUGUGUAAUACUAGGCAGGAGAGGCUGCAAUUGAGAAUACGCGAACGUACGUUCUCAGUUUGGCGUUUUCUCAACUCGACUGCGUUUGUAAAUCAUUUAUAUUCGCCGUUAAAGAAUCAAGUAUUAUGGCCAAGUUGCAACGUGCGCGAUCUUGUCCUGUGGUCCGAAGUGUAUUUAGGCUCUAUGGAAUCGUCGCUCGGUAUGAGAGAUGAUAAGCAGAGGGUGACGAUGAUCGACAUUGAGGGCGGCGAAAGCGAGGAACCGCAAGGACAGAUGACGAAGACGAGAUCGUAUGGCGACCUCAUGCACGCUCCCGAUCAUGCAGCUUAUUUACACCGAAGACGUAGUGAUCCGAGUAUUUCCAUGGAAAAAAAAUUCGAUUCUCUAGUGCUUGAGACUGAAACGGAUCAGAAGAGCGCGAGAACCGUGGACGAUAAUAAAAAUGAAGCUGCGAACGAGAACUCAUUGGAGACUGAAACCAAGACGAAACGAUGUACUGUGAAUCAAACAUCCAACGAUUCACCCGCCAAUCCCUCGGUAGAUAGUUCUACCGACACUUUGAUACCUAACAAUGAUUCUGCCAUUGCAGCAGUGAACGGAGAGAAAGAAGUACCACAGACGAAUCCGUCGCGGGAUAUUGUAUCGCCAUGGAUCGAAACCGGCACCACCACAACAGGACGGGCCGUUUGCUCAUCGUGUAAUCGCAAUCACAACGAGGGUAGUGAUGUGAGUGAUACUAGCGCCCCAUUGAUAUCAAGAACUCCCAGUAGCAUAUGUCCGGCUUCUCCAACCCAUCAGGACGUUAUGCUAGAUAAUCCUGACUGGCUGGACGAUGUUGACGGUCUUCCUGUCAUAUGUUGUGACGUCCAAAUGCGAGUACAACAAAUUAUCGUAGAGCAUAAGCUUAAGGAAGAAGCUCUAAGGAAAGAAUUGCACACAACAAGGUUGGCACUAAUCAAGCAAGUUUGCAAUCACAACGUCGAUACUGAUCGUAUCGACGACAUUGGCUCAUUACCGGAUUCCGUGGGCAGCACUGGUGAACACGGAGAGUCACUACCGUCGGAUAUGUCCUGGGAAGCCGUAGAGGAGCUGAGUCCCGCGCCUACUCUUUGGGUACCCGAUCACGCCGUGACCCGGUGCAUGGGUUGUAACACGGAGUUUUGGCUCGGUAGACGUAAGCAUCACUGCAGAUGCUGUGGCAAGAUUUUCUGCGCCGACUGCUCCGAGAACUCCACCCCUCUGCCUAGCGAGCAGCUCUACAAUCCCGUGAGGGUGUGUAGUGACUGCUACACGCGGCUUCACCACCAUCAUCACACAAACUCGUGUCCUUGCAACGCUCGUCAUCAGAAUGCUAAAGCGGAGAACGAGAUCGAUCCUUCUGAGGUAACUCCACCGCCGCAACCGGUAACAUAUCAAAGGUCGAGAAAGCUGCCGCCCGCAGUAACGAAGGAUACUUGCUGCGAUAACUUGUUGCAAGCGACACAUCAGAAAACGCAACCAUCCGUCGCAGCGGCUACGGCAAAUUGAGAAGAGGAGAGUUUGAAGAGCAGUGGGAGAGAAGAAAAGCCGAGGGAAGGCAAUUCGUUGGGGAUGGCGCGAUUCCUUUCUCCAUCGAUUGCCGAUCAGCAUCACCUAACUCCGCGCGAUGUGCAUUGCAUCGCCGGAUUUAUACAUACUUUGUAUCGAAUAUAUACAUAGCAUGCGGACUAACGCGUCUAGAGUGUCCUAAGCGAUUUAAUAUAUUUAUUGCUAGAUUAAUAAUUUGUACGCGAACAAGAAUAUAAUGGAUACGCAGAAGAAAACGGUAGAGAGAGGAGGAGAGAUAGAGAGAGAGAGAGAGAGAGAGCGAAGGAGAAAGAUAGUAUACGAGGUUGUAUAUACCCUAGGAGUAAUCUCGAGCUAAAAUUCCUGGCUUCUUCUGAGAGAUAACUCUUCUGAGAGAUUCAGGGAGAUCUUUCAAGUUUACCCGUUUCUCUAAAUAUCUUCGCGCUUAGCACGAUGAGAAAGGGUGGUGAGUGGCAAAUUUUUAGAUAGGCUGUGAUCGACGUCUAACUUUGUUAGACGAUUAUACUACGGAGCGAAGUGCUAAUUAAUUGUCAAUUUGAUCACGACGAGAGCGAUCGUUCGUUAAUUAGCGGUCGAGCGAAACAAACGAGAUCGUAUUUCUUAUAUCACCGCCGUAUGUACGAGAAUUGGGAUAUUAAAUGUCAUUAUCGCACGCGUCUGAUAUCGAUCGGUUCACAUCCAAAACCCAUAUUUCACCCUACAUCGAUCCCUUAUCAUUAGACCCCUAUCUGUGACGAAAAAAAAAACGUUCGCCAUUGUAUUAGUAAAUGUUAUGCUUAAGUUAAGGAAUUGGUUCGCACCAAAUGUGUGUUAUGUAUUCCGUGUGCGCUCUGUUAAUUUCAUCAUUUUUUAAAGUCUGAUAUCACAUCUGAAAUCUGCAUCUUUCUGCAUUGCAUUCGUCUCGACUUGAUUCUUUCGAUCGUGGAUAUUUUACGAAUAAAUGUGUGGGCGACGUGUACUAAAUUUUAAAAAGCUUUAUUAUAGAUUCGAAAACAUAAAAAAAGUAAGAACGAAGAGAAGCACAGUUUAUCCUAAUUUACAGGCCUAACCUUCCCGCUGUAAUAUUGUGAAGCGUCGUCGCGUUCUUCAGCAUUUGCGUAGCAUUCUUCAAUAUGUUGUCGAAACUACCCUUUGUGUCGUCCUCUUUUUGGAACUGGAUCAAUAUUACGAGAUACGUUGUGACUGCGCCAGCAAUCUAGAAAUAUUUUUUGUAAAUUUUUUUUCUACAUUUCUAAAGUUUUGGCACGCGGAGAGAAGAGUCAAAAUUUAUUUACUGAAGUCACGAGAGUACGAUCCAGAGUAAAGAGUCCGCACGCUGUGAAUUCUAACGGGCGAUGCAGAAGCUGAAGCGAAAAGAUUUCUAGUUGUUUCGUACCUUCCUUAUCAGGACUCACGGGCAGCAAUUGGCUUAUCAAUUCUGCUGUUUUCUUUCCCUGAACAUAGUCGUACAAUUCACAAGAUCGAAAUAUAAAAUAAUAAAUUACUCAACGACAAAAAUUAUAUUCAAAUUCUACUUUCAAGAAAUAGAUAAAGAUUUAUUGUGAUUUGUUAUAUUUCUGAGUUUUUUGAAAUUUUGUUUUAUUUUUGUCUCGGCAAAUGAAAGAGGACUUUAAUUCCAGAUUUUGAUCUUGAUAUACAUAUAUUGUCAUGAUCGUGAGUGAUGAAAAAGGCUUUAAUUAUCGCUAAUUAUCUGUUAAAAAAUUAUUAAAUGAAGUGCAAAUAGAUAUUGCAUGUUAAAUUAUGAUAUUUAGAUAGAUGAAUAUAGAAACUCAUAUUUACGUAUUUAUUUUAUAAUAAAUAAUAAAAUAGUGUAUAUAUUUCAAUCUUUAACAUAAUAUAAAAUGUAUUGUGUUUAAUAAGCGUGGACGUGUAUAAUAUAAAUAGAGUAAAAUACUUACAUUAAAUUGUUUAAUUAAAUUUUUUAUUAUUAGUUCACGCUUGAAUUUUACGUUGCAUGGACUUUUAUUUGUUAAUUUUUAUAAACAAUAAGCGACGGUCAAAAUCUUUUACUCAAUCGUAAUCUUGACAAUAUAUGACAAUGUCACGAUGAUCGAAACUGAAUCUUCCUGUCACCAUUGACCAUGUAAUAAAAUUAUUAUGUAUAAAUGUA